CAUGCUACUCUUUCUUCUGUCAAUCCUAUAUUGGAAAGCAACCUGUGAGGUUUUCAGCUCUUAUGAGGACCUUAGAAACGCCAAUAAGAUAGAAGAUCAUUUGGUGACAUUGCUCUCUGAAUAUAUUCACAAUGAAAGAGAACGACUCGACACUUUGGAAAGGUUUAAUCAGCAUGUUGAGAACGGUAAAGACUACACGGAUCCUGGUGACAAUUACAUAAGCUAUCCUACCAAUCAGUUUAAUGUAAUACACAGAUUCGUUGCAUAUUGGAAUAACCUAGAAAAAUGGACAAAGAGUAGAAACGAAGACCUAUCUUCAGUAUUCAGAGAAUACAAACAAUUCUUUCCUGGACAGGAGGAUGUCGAUGGAGCAAUAAAGGCUAUACACCGUCUUCAGGAUAUUUACAAAAUUAAAGCAAGUCACUUCUCUAGAGGGGACCCUUUAGUUCCUGAAGAGGGUUCUGGCAGGGGAGAACCUUUAAACGAGAAAGCUCUUCUGUUAUUUGUAAAAACUGCCUACGAAAGUGAACAGUGGUUUAAGUGUGCAGGUUGGGCACAGCAAGCAUAUUACCAAAUACAAACCCUUAAGCAAUACAAUCCCCCCACUUCAACUAUGUGGUUUGAAAUUGCAGACUAUUUCUCAUAUUGUUUAUACAAGGCUGGAGAAAUACAGCAUGCCAUUGAGGUAACAGCUGACAUUUUAGUUCACUACCCUCAUGACCAACGCAUUUUGGGAAACUUGGAACACUUUAAUAUCAUCAGGAAAGAAAGACAUAUUAAAGAUCAAUCUACAAGCAAGAGAAGUGUUAUUUCUGAACCUUUAGUGAAUCUUGGUGAAGUAGAAGAAGAGGAAGUGGAGGUGACGUUUAUUCCUAAAUUAUAUCCGGGAGCAGACGAGACAGUCUUGACAUGGGAGGACAUUGAGAAUGACAUACAGGACAAAUUCAACACAAAUCGAGUAAGAAGGAUGAAGAAAUAUAGGAAAAUGUGUAAGGAAAAUCCACCUCUCACUCCAAAGAUGAAGAAACAGGUAGACGGACUCACAUGUUAUUACAAGCAGAAUACGCCUAGGAGCUAUUUAAAACCAAUUAAGGUUGAAGUUGCAUGGCCGUCUCCCCGUAUCUUACUAUUUCAUGACAUUAUUAAUGAUGAAGAAUCAGACAUCCUGAUAGGCCUUGCUAAACCCCUCCUGCGACGAGCUACUGUCUAUAACAAGAGUACAGGAAAAGGAGAAAGUACCGAGAACAGAGUAAGUAAGACAGCUUGGUUAUACGAUAACUUAGCUAAAGACAAGGAACAGAUUGUUCGCAGGGUGAAUCGCAGAAUGGAAGAUGCAACUGAACUGAGUCAUGAGUAUGCUGAACCUCAGCAGGUCAAUAACUAUGGUAUGGGGGGUCAAUAUGAACCACACUACGAUAUGAGUACUCUCUACGGUCAGGAAGUUCAGAAGCGUAACCCAACUGUGUCAGGUAAUAUCACAGCCACCAUGUUGGAUCGCACAGCCACCAUAUUGGUGUACUUACGUGAACCAGAUGCAGGAGGUGCUACAAUAUUUACGGAUAGUGGUGCCAGGUUAGUUGCUAAAAAGAAUUCAGCAGCAUUUUGGUACAAUAUUUUACCAAACGGUGAUCCCGACCUGAUCACCCGGCAUGCUGGUUGUCCUGUUUUAGCCGGUACGAAGUGGGUCAUGAACAAGUGGUUCCACCAUAACGAUCAGAUCUUCACUCGCCCUUGUGAUGUACAGCAAUUCAAACGAGAAAAAGAAUCAAAACUAUACAACGGGAAGUAUACUGUUUGAUUAAUUUGUAUGGAAAUCUUACGGAAAGCAUAAAAUAGUGUUUAAGUUUUUGAAUAUAUAGUUUGCAAGCUGUAGUGCUAGGUUGACAGUAUAGCUUAUCUUCUAACCAAUAAAUUCAUGAACUAGUUUUUUGUUGGUUUUCAGUAUUUUACCCUUUAAUUUCAUAUCGUUCCUGCAUAUUGUUGGUCUUUAGAUAAAAACAGAUUCUUUUAGUUUUCAAGAUUAUAAAUUAUCAA